CUUCAUCCUUCGAGCGAGCAUACAUUUCAUGUAACUUGCCGCAAUAUGUUUUUAGAUACAUGAUUUGGUGCUACAUCAUUUUAUGUUUGACGUUUAUUUUGGUUUUUUUCACCGCAAAGAAAGAGAAACAUAGCCGAGCUGUGCCUCUCGCGGUUUGGCCCUCUCUGGCCUCCGUCCUCCACUCACGUGUUCCGCACUAAGCAUGGCGGUGUCCUCAAGGAGAGCAGGAGGAGUGGUGGGCUCAGUACGGCUGUUGAGAAGUCUACAGCAUCAGGAUGGACGGUUGUUUUCCACGUCAGUGGCACGACACACUGCAGGCUCUGAAGGUCAGCCUCCCAAAUUCGUUCCUCCGUCGAAACCCGUCAUCAUCGACAAAGCAAAGUCUCAGGCAUCACUGCGACAAUUUCUCAGUCCGGAGUUUAUCCCUCCACGUCAGCGCACAAACCCGGUGAAAUUCGCCAUGGAGCGCAAAGACAUGAUACAGAGGCGCAAAAUCCUCAACAUUCCUGAGUUCUACGUUGGCAGUGUUUUGGAGGUCACCAUGUUGGACCCCCAUGCGGCCAGCAAAACGAACCGCUUUGUGGGCAUCUGCAUCCAGCGCUCUGGUAAAGGCCUGGGAGCCACCUUCACCCUCAGAAACAUCGUCGAUGGCCAGGGAGUGGAGAUUUGUUAUGAGUUGUACAGUCCGCGAAUGAAACACAUUGAGGUCCUGAAGCUGGAGAAGAGGCUGGAUGAUAACCUCUUCUACCUGAGAGACGCUCUGCCAGAGUACAGUACCUUCGACUUUGACAUGAAACCUGUCCAUCUUUCCCCCACCCAGGACGUCCCUGUCAACCAGAUCAAGGUCAGGAUGAAACCUCGUCCAUGGUCCAAACGCUGGGAGCGGCCCAAGUUCAACGUCCAAGGGAUCCGCUUUGACCAGUGUCUGACCCCUGAGCAGAUGGAGCAUGCUCAGAAGUGGGCGGAGCCUUGGAGACAGUACGACAUGCUGAAGGAGUAUGAUACGUCCUCCGUGGAGGAGAAGAUCUUGCAGGAGGUCCAGGCUGAGCUUAACAAAUGAGCGACCCGUAUCAGGAGCAUCCCGACUGGGGAGAGACAUUCAUAAUAUUAUGGGCUGUGUUCCAGCACCAGGGUUGGAUACUACAGCUCUCAAACCACCAUCCAGGUCUCCACUCUGGCCCAUUUUCCCUGCUCUGUGAGACACCCCGGGGUCAAGACUUUUAAAUUGAGGUGAAUCACUUUGCACUAAAGGUUUGGAUUAUCCAGUAGAAAUGCCCUCUAACUCUCCUAUUGGAGAAGCUUGAUUUAGGUUUCUUCCCUAACUGAGAAAGAGGGACAGAGGGACAGUGUUGGGGUCGUUGGGGUCGCUGGUGUCUCAAAAUGUAAUGGGAAUACAUUACAUAUUACAUAUUAGCAUGAUAAGCACUGCACAUAUUCACAAUCAGUGUAAAGCAGUCAGCCAAUGCAGGAAGCAUGUGCACACGCAAAUUACAUAGAAGGACAUAGAGAUAUGGAUAAUAGCUGUGAGCAAUAUGACGAUAUUUUAUCAUAAAUUGUGUCACAAUAUGCUUUUCUAAGCAUAUUGUGGACAUUGGCUAACUACAUGCUUCAUUACAGAGUGAGCAUAAUUAGGCUUAAUAGGUUUCAUUGGAAUUCCCUGUAGUUGUAAAUUAAAUAGUAGUAGUAGUGUUUUGUGUUACUGCAGGUUCUGUUUAAUUUGGUCCAGCAUGUCAGAAAAACUUACAUCAACCUUACAGGAAAGGGCAAAAACGCUCUUAAUGUUAAUGUAAAGAGAUUUUAUUACAAAUGGUUUAUUGGCCCAUCUAUCAUGAAAUUUUUACACAAUGUAAAGGAACAGCUUGUGUGUUUAAAUGAUGUAGAAAAAAAAAAAUUGACGAGAGAGAGAGAUUUAAAUGCAUUAUUUUGCUCUAUUAAACCCACAAAGUAAAGUCAUCACAUCGCAGGGUACUGCAACGCAUUACCCCAACACUGUUAAGGAACCCUCACCUGAUCCAGCUAAUGCAGGGGUGGCCAGUCUUAUCCGCAACGGGCCAGUAUGGCUGCAGGUUUUCAUUCCAACAAACCGGAAGCACCAAUGUUCAGCUGAAAUCAGGCGAGUUCCUGCUUCUUCGGACUGAAAACCUGCAGCCACUCGUCCCUUUGCAGAUAAGAUUGGACACCCCUGAACAAGUGAAUUAAGAAGCCUUUCCCACGUUUAAGUGCGUGUGUUAGAGCAGGGAAAAAGAAAUCAAAAUUACAUUAAAAUGUCCAGGGGCACAGCUGGAAACUGGCUAAUGUGGACUCUCAGAGACGGAGCUGUAAACUUAUUGUGUGUGUAAAAAUGCGUGUGUCGCUGAUUGAAGCGGAAAUAGGAAUAAAGUUCAUGUGUAGGCAAAAUUGAA